UGAUGCGACCAUCUUCUGCUCCGUGCAAUUUAAAAAGAUAAGAGGAGAGUCUCCAGGAGAGUUGUCUGCUUGUUUCCCAAAGGUUGACUCGUUCCAAGAGCCACCAUGUCUUGGGUUCUUCUGUUCUUGGCGAUCCUUCAUUACUGGGCAGGUGUCCAUUCACAGCGGACAGUGACUCAGCCUGCCUCAACGUCUGUCUCUCCGGGAAACACAAUCCAACUCUCCUGUUCUAGGAGCGGCAGUGGCUGGAGCAGCUAUAUUAGCUGGAUUCAACAGAAGUCCGGAGAGCGUCCUCGCUUUGUCCAUUGCAAUGGCUGCAGCAGGGGACCAGGAAUCCCGGAUCGAUUCACGGCAACUGCAUCUGGAGACACAGGAACUUUAACCAUCACCAAUGUCCAGGCUGAAGACGAGGCCGUUUAUUACUGUGUGUGUUGGCACAGCACUGACAAAGUGUGGGUGUUCGGAGGAGGAACUCACUUGACCGUCACCGGUCAGCCAGUUGCCCAUCCUGUGGUGUCUCUCUUCCCUCCAUCCCAGGAAGAACUCAAGAGCAAGGACAAGGCCACUUUGGCCUGUCUGAUGGAUGGCUUUCACCCGGGUGUUGUCCAGGUUGAGUGGCUGGGUGAUGGCCGCACCAUCUCUUCUGGUGUGGAGACCACCAAACCUGUCAAACAGGGUGACAAGUAUAUCGCCAGCAGUUACCUGACUCUCAGUCGGUCUGAAUGGGAAGCCAAUAAGAGUUACACCUGCAAGGUGACCCAUGAAAGCAAGAUCACUGAGAAGGUGGUCAGCCAGUUGGCAUGUUCAUAAAAGGUGUAUGUCUCAGUGGUGGCCCUUAGAUCUCCAUCUCCUAGGAAGACAUGCUUCCUCCAUGGGAUCAAGUUAUUCUCCAAUUCUCAACUAAUUCUAGCUUUAUUGAUAAAGGCUGUUCUCUGUCCAACAUAGUUCCAUACCCCACAUCUUCCCCUUGCUUGUACUCCUUGGAACCACUGUUGUAUGUUUACCUUUCUGUGUUAGCUCAUUAAUAAAAUUUGAUAUAUGUCA